AUGCCGGCAGCACGAAUGGCAUCCCGCCGUGUCCCGGCCUUCGAUGCCUCAGCAAGCGGCUCAGCUUCGAGCAGCACCAGCUCCUCUCCACUCACACCAGAAGCACAUCUGCUAGGUCAUGUCAACAACAUCCGCAAAUGCUGCGACAUAUCCCUCUUCCACAAGAACCUCCAGGAGCAGGGUCUCGACUUUCUUGCAGACAGUCUGUUGCACGCCAACGACAUCUUUGCCAAGUAUGCAACAACAUCACGCAACGUCGCGUCCCCGUCGAAGCUGGCAGGAGAGCUGCUCAAGUCACCCACCCGCACUCGUACUCGUGGUCGCGAUCUUGUAGUCGCAGCAGCUCGUACUCGUGGUGCUGCCAAUGUCUCGAACGAUCCCUUCGUUGAUGCUGUCGAGGUCUUUGACAAGGAGAACGCCCCUCUUCCCUCGCGCUCCUCGCGGUCACGCAUCGCUACCAUGGCGGAACCGGAGAAGGGGAAGGGGAAGGCCAAAGCAAAGCCAAUUCGAGCUGUCGACGAGGAGCCAUCCUCUCCUUUGUCUCGGCCCACCCGCAGAGUGCUUGGCGAUCUCAACGCACAGAAAAGCCAAUCACUUCCGCCCGUUCAGACGUCAAUGACCACUGCCAAGAAGACUGGCCGCAAGAAUGCCGUCGCCGAAGAUGACAGCAUGGCUAUCGAUGCAUCAUUACCAACCGAGCGACCCUCAGAAGAAGCGAUUCCGCGCGCCUCUACCCCUCCACUCCAUGUCUCUCCGCCAAAGACACGGACGCAAGAACAGCUGGGCACCCUCGUUGCGCAGCCGGAACGUCUGGACGCUAUCUCGGACUUCGACUCGGAUGACGACUCGGAAGCCGAGCAAGCCACGGCGACGGCGCAAGAUAGGGCCAAGGACGCACAGAGCCAGAACGCCGAGCCCACGGUCACGAGCACCGUCGUAUCACAGAGCUCGCGCAGCGACGGCAACACAGUGUCGUUCCAGCCUGACCUUAACGACACUGUUCGAUCCAGCGACAACACCGUCUCUGGCACUCUGGUCGAUCCGAAGCUCGAGAAUGCUCGCCAAGCGGCAUCAGCACUGCUGACCAGCAAGCUUCAACAGCAGAAAGAUGGCAACGCCGAAAAGCCGAUCAAGCGUACGCUAGCAUCGUACGGAGCAAAGAAGAGCUUGCCAGCCGCUGCGAACAACGCACGUCCCAGCAAUGUCACCACCACGCUGCAUCCUGCCUCGACACCUGCGGGCCCCGGCUUCCGAUCGAGCUUCCUCAACAAGAGUCUGCGCAAGCAGAUCGCUGAUCACGAAGCUCUAGAGAGUGGUGAUGACUCGGAAUCGGACUCGGACGAAGAAGAGAGUGGCCUCGUCGCUGGUGCGACAUUUGCCGCCAUGUACAAGAAGACGGCUGCCAACACACAGGCCAACACGCGUGUCAACGCCGCUCCUGCAUCAAAUAGCGGUGCCAGCUCCAAGAAGCGCAAGAGCGACGAAGCACUGCCAGCCGCGAGUGACGGCGCCUUGGGAUCGUCCGCACCACCAGCAAAGAUGUCCAAGCUCGGUACCGCCAUGCUCGCUGCCAAAUCGCAAUCGCAACCAUCGGCGCCAACGCCUGCAGCCAAGAAGGCACCUGCCGUGGGUCCUGCCUCGAAGCUGGAACAGUUCCGCAACAAUCUGGCUCAUGUGGCUCGCAGCACUGGAAGUGGUGCUAGCUCCAGCUCACACUCGCAGACAGUGGCAUCUGUUGCUUCAACACCUGCCGAAGAGGCCGCGCCGUUCUCUUUCACCUCUGGCAAGUCAUCUGAUGCUGAUGCUGCUGCUGCUGCUGCUGCUGCGACACACGCAAAAUCUGCUCCCGCAUCCGACGACUCGAGAGACCUGCACUCGAGGUCCUCCGACUCGAGCUCCGACUCGACGGAAAAGAUCGCGCCAGGUAUCAAAAGCGGCGAAUCGACCAUCAAGGCCUCCGCCAUUCCGCGUUCGCCCGCGCGUUCGCCUUCUCGCGCCGCUGCAAAUUCGCCUUUGCCGCUUCCAGCUCGCGACGGCAGUGUGCGCAAGUCGCCGCGCAAGUUGGCUGAGCAGAUGAAGCUGUCCCAGCAAGAGGCAGUUCGUUCGGCCUCGCCGGGUCCGAAGACCAAGGACACCGCCAGCCUCUUCCAGUCGAGCAGGAAUGCUGGUCCCGUCAGCAAGCAAGCACCACGUAGCCCCUCCGCUCAACCCCGCAGUCUUGCCGCACUCUUCGGCAGUCCGAAGCAAAGCACCAAGCUUCCCACUCUGUCUACCACCCCUGCCCACUCUCCACCCAAGAACUGGCAGGGGAGUCGAUUGCCGUUUGCACAGCCUUUCCAGCUACAACAGCAAGCACAGAGGGAGGCGAACAAGGUCUUGCCGCAGACUCCGGUGGAGGAGGUCGUCGAGCCAGUCGCCAAGGAGGCCCUCGAUAGUCAGCGCGUCGUUUCGGCAGCCUCGACGAUCCUUUCGACUUCCAAAGCCGGGGCCGAGAGUCAGUUCUUCGAUGCUCGUUCACGAGACAACACUCCUGAGCCGUUAGAGACUCCAUCUGCAUCAGCUCCAGUAGCAACUGCGGCGACCACGAAGGACGCUAUCUCGCUCUCGGACUUGAAGCUACCAGCAUCUGCUUUGGGUAAGAAGCCGGCUGCGAUCACGGCCGCGCCAGCUACAGCCACCAAGCAGUCUGGCAUCGCCAAGGGCAGCUCGCUUUCGCCCAAGAAGGUUGCUGCUAAGGCGCUCGGAAAAGCAGGGCCAACUUCUCCCACCAAGGCGAGCAGUCUUCGGGCUGCAGCCAAUGCGGCAUCACCAUCGAAGCUCAAAGCUCAAGCCUCUGCGCGAGCUGCGCAGCAAUCCGGCGCACCUGCGUCGUCCGCAUCUCCUUCGAGGGCAUGGGGCAUUGGUGAGAAGAUCAAGGGCUUCCUUGGCCUGCAUGCCUCCACUACGACCAACGCGUCUAGCUCAGCUCCUCAGACCAAGAUCUCGGCAUCCAGCACCUUCCAGCCACGAGCCAAUGGCGUUCCCACCAGCAAUGCAAAUGCGGCUGCCCCGAUCGAAAAGAUUGCGGCACCAGCAGCAGCAUCUGCACCUGCACCUGCAACUGCUCCCGUAUCCACACCUGUGCAGCCUCCUGCUAUUCCUGGCGCCUUGCUCGCCAGCCCUCCACCCUCGGCCAAGGCACCGCCAGUGAACUCGACGCCUUCCAGCGCUGCCGCUUCCGCGCCCGCGAAUGGCAAACUCACCAGCAUCGCACGUGCCGAGUUGCUGCGCAAGAAGCAAGUCGAGGAAGAGGAGCGCAAGGCCAAGGAGAAGGAGGAGCGCCGACGAAUGCUGAUGGCUAAGAAGGAGGAGCGUGCCAAGGCAGUCGCAGAGGAGGAGCUCGAGAAGGAGAACCGCAAACGUGCUCGCGAUCAGAAUGAUCGUGUCGGUCGAUCUGGUCUCGAGGAUGCUAGCAUCGCUUCAUCGACUGGUGCACCCGCAGCCAUCCCAGCCGCUUUGUUGGGCAAUCUUGUCGUCGGCGGAUCAGCCACAUCAGGCAGUGCGCACAGCGGCUCAGCCAGCUCGAGAACGAGCGCUGUCAGCAGUGUCAGCAGCGGACCGCCUACGCGCCCUGGCAGCGCUCUCAACGGCAGCUAUGCUGGUGUUAAGAGCCGCUACAUGCAGACUUCGACACAGCAACAGCAGCAACAACAAGCCGAGGAAAGCAACAAGAAGCGCCGCGUCACCAACGACAAGGAGAGCGGAAUGGCUGGCUUGCAGACGCAAUUCAAGCAGCAGCAGCAGGCGCAACACCAGACUGCCGGCACUCGUCCCGGCACUUCUGCGGCCACCUCGCAGAUUGGUGCGCCGAAGUUGGUCCGCACCGUCAGUCAAUCGUCCAUUCGACCCGGUGCCCCCGCUCAGGCUUCGACGCAGCAGCAGCAGCGUCCCCAGCCACCACAGCAGAUCAAGCUCGCCAUGAAGCCGGGCGUUGCAGCCGCGUCUGGCUUUGGAGCGGCGCCACGUAUUCAGGGUGCCGGCGCAUCAGCAGGUGCCGGCGCUGCCACGGCUUCGCUGAUGGCGAAUGGCAGCAAGACGGCACUCGGCCAGCCAUCCUCCUCACUGUCGCAGCCGGCAGCCAAGACGAUGGCCAACGCCAACUUUUCGUCUUCGAAUCCGUUCCAGCAGGCCAAGCAGCAGCAACUCCAGAUGCAAUUGCAAAAGCAAAAGCAGCUCCAGAUGCAGCAACAGCAACAGCAGCAAGCGGCAUCGAACGCUGCACAGGCUCAGGUAGCGGCCAACGCCGCAGCUUUGCGAGAGCAGGAGCUCCACCGAGCUGCACAGAUGCAGUUCCAGAUGCAGAAUGCAGCCGGUGGACGCUUCGAGGAGUGGGACGAUCCCGCUGCGCAGCAGCCAGGAGGUGGCGAUGCCGACGAGGCCUUACCCGACAUUGCGUCGGAGUACUCUGAUUCGGAAGACGAAGAGACGAUCCAGAAACGAGCGGCCAUGCCGACGUGGACGCAGGGUGACGAUCUGGACGCUGCGCUGCUUGCCCAGUCGACCGUCGACGCUGACGAGAUCUUCGGUAUCCCUCAAGGCCCCGUCGAGCUCGAAAAGAUCUUGCCAGGCGAGCGCACCGCCAACCGUAUCCGCCGUCCACGCACCUCGUCUGCCAACUGGUCCGGCCCAGAUGGGCUGGCCCAGUGGGAGAUCGACAGAUACAACAAGCGCAUGGGCAUCAAGGGGCCGGGAGUUCAGCUCACGAGGCGGGACGGAAGUCAUCCCCCACCACCUCCACCCGGCGUCAUGGCGAGACUGUCGAUGGCUCAACGCCAGUCGAUGUCGCACCAUCCGUUGGCUGGGGCCAGUGUCACUGCUGCUGCCGCAUCGUCGUCAAGCUCUGCCGCGCAUGCGGUGAAGAAGGACGACGGGCGCGGCAAGCCGCUUUGA